GGAUAUAAUCUCAAAAGAAACCUGCCCAGCUGAUGAGUUCCAAACCUUUAUGUAAUGCAGUUGUGCAAGAUGAUUUUUGGAAUCAGCACACACACAACUGAUCUGGACUUAGUGUAUAUCAGAACAGUUAAAGAGUGAAUUCACUUACCUGGCUGAUCAACCUGUGGACAGCAGAUACCCAGAGUUGAUUCAGUUGAUUUCUGUACUUCAAGGAAUUUCCUAAACCAAACAUGUUGGGAGUUUGUUCCAUGCAUUCUGACCUGCAGCUCCCCUCUUGUCCCCUGGGCUCCGCUUCAGUGCUUAAUUAAUGCAGAUUUUUGAGAGGUGUGUUCAAGGCUUUCAUUUCUCUGGUACUGGGGAUAAUAUUUUGGCUUCAGCUGUGGUAGGCAACUGAUCAUAACAGCAAAUACAGCUGUUGCUAAUUAAAUGAAUCUGUUAACCUUUAUUCCAUAGGAUAAUUGCCUGUCUGUGUGUUUCUUCCUGUCAUCUGUGUGUAUGAUAAAUGUCCUUUUACCAGCUAUAACAGGAGAUUAGUUCAACGUUAAUGUUUUCCUUCACGUGAUGCUUGCUGAAACAAAAUCCUUUUCUGCUUUGGAAAGCCAUGGAUGUGUCAUGGAAAUGGUAUUGAGGAAAUUAAAUUUGUCAGAUAAUGUUUAUGUUCACUUCAUUGCAAAACGUAAACCAUCACAGUUCCCUGGGAUGUAGGGAGGGGGUAGGUCCCCUGAGGGAAGUCUUUCUACUGGGACAGAAUUGAUAGUUAAAACAAAGGGGGGGGAGGGAGGGAGGGAGAAACACACCUGAGAGAAACCCCCAAACUUCCUUGCAUUCUACAGGUCUGAAAAGCCUGUGUAGAAGAGGCUGGAAAUGCUGGAGCAUGGAACACAAGGGUUAACUUUAAUUCCAGUUGCUCAGGAGUUAAUUUCUGGUUCUUGCUCAGAGCUGCACACUCUUUUUUAAACAUUUUUUUUCAUGUUGAUGGAAAAUCAGAUAAGUUAACGUGAGAGUAAGGGGACUGGGAUUGCUGGUGUUUCAUAACAUCCCACAAUCAUCCCAUUUGUCACUAAGGGGAGAUAAGCAAAGUGGGAGAGGUAUGGUUCAAGUUCAAGGAAAGAUCUGCUUCUAAGUAAAUGUGGGGGUUGCAGCACUUGCCUUUUUGCACUCAGAUUAUUCCCUAUGGCUGCUGUUAAUCUGCUGGCUUGGCUGAAGAUCCCAUGCCUACAAAGUAGGGGGCAAAUACCCAUCAAUCCUUCCUGCAGCUGCCCCCGUGGCACAGCCGGGCGCUGAAAUACGAUUCCAGACGGUAGGUAAGGAAACCUGAGUGGGGCCUGGCCCAGCUCUCCUGCUGCAAUAGAAAUAAACCUAGAAGGGAUUUUUUUUGUUGUUGUUCUUGCAGAGGAAGACUUAAACAUAACACGUGUUGUCUGAUGCACAUGGAGGAUGUGCUUCUAAUGCACUUGACAUCUCAAAUUGGAAGUAAAAGCUGUCAUAUUCACACGGAGCACUCUGAUCUCAGCUGCCAGUUGUUGGAUAAAGGCUAAAGCUGAUAGUUUGGCCUUUUACAACCCGUUUUUUGAAGGUUGGGUUGGGUGGCCGCUAGAGGACACUCUGCCCAAAAUCAUGGGUCGGGUCCACAGGGGGAGCAGAUGAGUUCAGCAAACUUGCUUAGAUUUCCAAGUGAUGUCCAGGCAAACAAACAGCAGAUUGCCUGAGGACUAGAGGCAGAAAGCCUGCAGUAUAAUGCUCUUUUAUAGCUGGAAAAAAAGUAGUGAUUUUACCUUCUAUGACAUGAAAUUUUAGGUGAAAGCCCAAACCCAAGCACUCCCCAAAUGCUCAAGUGACAGAGAAUCUGAAGGGAGAAAUGAACCAGGAAGGUAUAAAUAUCACUGUUAAGUACUCCUCUGUCACAUUAAUUAUUUUUUAGAUUACAGUCUAAAGCAGAUGUGUAGGUUCAUGGGAAACCUUCAUUUGAUCGUCCAGGUAAUGUGGAUUCAUACUGUGUUUGUACUUCCUCAAGUACCUUUAUAUCCUAAUGUGUGUUAGUGCCUCCUUCAUGCUAAACCCACACAUUUAGGACCUUGUGUAGUAAUAACUGCAAACCUAAAGACAAGCUGGUUUCAGUCCAAGCUUCUUUACAAAGGUGAUUAAUUCAAAUAGGAACAAAUCCUGCCUUUUGUGUCUCAAUUUUAUCAUUCACUGGGAGAAACAAACAGAGGACUUAAAUUUCCUACAGUUCAAACUCGGUUGAUUUCACUGUUUCUUUCCCUUUUCACCCCUCAGUUGCCUUUAAUGUCUCCAAAAUCCUGACAUUUUUCCAAAUGGCAUCCUUAUAGAAAGAAAUUGUAUUUGGCAAAAGGUCUUUGAAAUGAAUCAGCUUUUACUCUGUGUAAGAAACUUUAGAGAUUGCAGGAUGGGGAUUUGUCUUUAUUUGCAGGUUAUUUAUCUCUGUGAGUGAUCUCCCUUUUAAAAUCACUUAUCUGUAGCAUUCCACGCUCCCAUCAACGGUUGGAAACGUAUUUUUGCUGGGUGUUGUAACUCCAUGUAAUAAGAGACAGCCUCUAUCCUAAAAGUCUUAGUGCCCAACACAUUUGACAGGCUGUUGGAUAAGACACUCUCCUUAGUUUUCAGAGUGUGCUAAGGCAAAAAAUUUGACAUAAAAACCUUGACCCUGGAUCUUUUGCAUCCCAGCUCAGCCCUGGAAGCACGGGAUCAUUUUUUGGUCGUUGUCCAUGAAGGUGCAUUCUGCUGUCAGACAAAUGCCCCAGGAGGAGGUGAGGAGUUAACUUGCUGUUCGAAAGAAGCAGCAAGGAGAAAAUAAAUCAAAAUUAAGAGUUUAUAUUUCAGCGCCACAAUUAAAGAGGGGUGGGGACAGUCUGAUCUUCAGUGAUGUACAUAAUGGCAGAGGGGGUGGGCGGUUGGACUGUCAAACUGCCUUAAUUUAAUUGCAAACACAUGCUGAUGAGUCCCCUCCUCCUGGACCUCAGGGCUGGGAAACUUUUUUUUUUUUUUGUCAGCUCCCUGCAGUUCAGAAUUGAGGCAAAUGCACUCCAGCAAACACCAUGCUCAUCAAACCUUCAGCUCUUGGAGGCUUUUUGUGUUUUCUCCUCUUGCCUGGUUUCUCCUGCUCCUGCCCCAGUCGCUGCCUGUGCUUCAGGACCACGGUGCGAUGCAUGCAUCUGAUGUUGGAAACCAUCCCCGAGAUCCCGCCCCAGACAAACAUUCUAGAUUUACGCUUCAACCACAUCAAGGAGAUACAACCUGGAGCCUUCAGGAGACUGAAGAACCUCAACACACUGCUGCUGAACAAUAAUCAGAUAAAACAAAUCGUGAGAAGAUCCUUUGAAGAUCUGGAGAACCUGAAAUACCUCUACCUUUAUAAAAACGAAAUUCAGAGCAUCCAGCAACAUGCCUUCCAUGGGCUCCAUUCCCUGGAACAGCUGUACUUGCAUUUCAACAACCUGGAAAGUCUGGAGCUGGAGACUUUUAGUGACCUGCCUAAACUUGAAAGGCUAUUCUUGCACAACAACAAGAUUUCCAAGAUUCAUCCAGGGACAUUCUCUCAACUGGAAUCCCUCAAACGGCUGCGGCUGGACUCCAACGCCUUGUUUUGUGACUGUGACUUGAUGUGGUUGGCUGAGCUGCUGAAGAAAUACGCCGAGCAGGGCAGCAUCCAGACAGCUGCCACCUGUGAGGCUCCUCGGGACCUGCACGGCCGCUCCAUCGUCACCUUGACCGCCCAGGAGUUCAACUGCGAGAGGCCUCGAAUAACCUCAGAACCCCACGAUGUCGACGUCCUCUUGGGAAACACAGUUUAUUUCACCUGCAGGGCAGAAGGAAAUCCAAAGCCUGCGAUUAUUUGGCUGCACAACAAUAAUAAGAUUGACAUGAAAGAUGACAACCGCCUGAACCUGUUGCAAGAUGGUACCUUGAUGAUCCAGAAUACCAAGGAGUCGGAUAAAGGCGUCUACCAGUGCAUGGCCAAGAACAUAGCUGGGGAGGUCAAGACACAAGAAGUUGUGCUGCGCUAUUUUGGUACCCCAUCAAAGCCCACUUUUGUGAUCCAGCCUCAGAACACUGAAGUGCUGAUUGGAGAAAGCGUCACCUUGGAGUGUGGAGUCUCUGGGCACCCCCACCCUCGCAUCAGCUGGACCCUUGGCACAGGCUCUCCUUUGCCACAGGAUUCCCGUUUCACUAUCACCAGCUCUGGAGGACUCUUCAUUCAGAACGUCACCUUCUCAGACCAGGGGCAGUACAACUGCAAUGCCACCAACUCCGAGGGCUCCAUCCAGGCGACAGCAAGGAUCAUCGUGCAAGAUUCUCCCAGGUUUCUCGUCAUUCCUACUGAUCAGACAGUAACUGAGGGACAAAGCGUGGAUUUCCCCUGCUCUGCUGAGGGUCACCCUCCACCUGUGAUUACCUGGACAAGGGCAGGUGGGCCUUUGCCAAACGACCGGCGGCACAGCAUCCUCUCCACGGGCACCCUGCGGGUGCUGAGGGUGGCUCUGCACGACCAGGGGCAGUUCGAGUGCCACGCCAUCAGUGCCAUCGGGGUCAGGACCCUCCCGGUGCAGCUCUCGGUCACCCCACGAGUGAUACCCGUGUUCCUUCAGCCCCCCCAAGAUGUGGUGGCAGAGACAGGCCAGGAUGUUGCCAUUACCUGCGCUGCCCAGGGAGACCCACGGCCCACCAUAACCUGGGUCAAGGAGGGUAUCCAGAUCACAGAGAGUGGCAAGUUCCAUAUUGGCCAAGAUGGGACCCUUUCCAUUCAGGAUCUUGGCGUGGCUGACCAGGGCAGAUACGAGUGCAUAGCAAGGAACCCCUUUGGCUUCACCUCCAGUGCCAUGCAGCUCACCAUCACUGCCACGGACGUCGGUCGGAGUGGUGACACGUUUGUAGCCACGUCGCUGCGGGAGGCCAUCAGCAGCGUGGACCACGCCAUCAACUCCACACGCACCGAGCUCUUCAGCAAACGUCCCAAGACACCCAAUGACCUCCUGGCUCUCUUCCGCUACCCCCGGGACCCCUACACCAUCGAGACAGCCAGGGCAGGGGAGAUCUUUGAAAGGACCUUGCAGCUGAUUCAGGAACACGUGCAGCAAGGGCUCAUUGUGGAUAUGAACGUCACAGGCUACCGCUACAAUGACCUGGUGUCCCCUCACUACCUGAACAUGAUUGCCAACCUGUCAGGCUGCUCUGCCCACCGUCGCACGCCGAACUGCUCCGACAUCUGCUUCCACAAGAAGUACAGGACCCACGACGGCUCUUGCAACAACCUCCAGCACCCAAUGUGGGGUGCGUCUCUCACAGCCUUCCAGAGGCUCCUCAAACCCGCCUACCAGAAUGGAUUUAACCUCCCCCGAGGGUUUUCCUUGGCAGAAGAUGCCAGGGAUCUGCCCCUUCCUCUACCUCGCCUCGUCUCCACUGCCAUGAUCGGGACUGAGACCAUCACCCCCGAUGACCAGUUCACACACAUGCUCAUGCAGUGGGGCCAGUUUCUGGACCACGACAUGGACCAGACGGUGGCAGCCAUCAGCAUGUCCCGCUUCUCGGACGGAGCACCUUGCAGUGAGGUGUGCAGCAAUGACCCGCCGUGCUUCUCCGUCAUGGUCCCCGCCAACGACCCCCGCGUGAGGAACGGGCGCUGCAUGUUCUUCGUGCGCUCGAGCCCGGUGUGUGGCAGCGGGAUGACCUCCCUGCUGAUGAACUCUGUCUAUGCCAGAGAGCAGAUCAACCACUUGACGUCUUACAUCGAUGCCUCCAACGUUUACGGCAGCACGGAGCAGGAGUCGCGGGAGCUGCGGGAUCUGAGCAGCCAGAGCGGGCUGCUGAAGCGUGGGCAGGUUGUGCCAAGCUCGGGGAAGCAUCUCCUUCCCUUUGCUGUGGGGCCACCCACGGAAUGCAUGAGAGAUGAGAACGAGAGCCCCGUGCCGUGCUUCCUGGCAGGAGACCACCGUGCCAACGAGCAGCUGGGUCUCACGGCCAUGCACACGCUGUGGUUCAGGGAGCACAACCGCAUCGCCACGGAGCUGGCCGCCCUCAAUCCCCACUGGGACGGGGACCUCCUGUACCACGAGGCACGGAAGAUUGUGGGUGCCCAGAUGCAGCACAUCACCUAUGCCCAGUGGCUGCCCAAGGUCCUUGGGGAGGCUGGGAUGAAGAUGCUGGGUGAGUACAAAGGCUACAACCCCAAUGUCAAUGCGGGGAUUCUCAACGCCUUUGCCACCGCUGCCUUCCGCUUCGGGCACACCUUGAUCAACCCCAUCCUGUACCGGCUGAACGAAACCUUCCAGCCCAUCCAACAAGGCCACAUCCCCCUGCACAAGGCCUUCUUCUCCCCUUUCAGGAUCACGCAGGAGGGGGGGAUUGACCCCCUCCUCCGUGGGCUGUUUGGGGUUCCUGGGAAAAUGCGGGUCCCCUCUGAACUCCUCAACAUGGAGCUGACGGAGAAACUCUUCUCCAUGGCACACUCUGUCUCCCUGGACUUGGCUGCUAUCAACAUCCAGAGAGGGCGAGACCACGGCAUCCCACCCUACAACGACUUCAGGGUCUUCUGCAACCUUUCAUCUGCACAGGAAUUUGAGGACCUCCGAAAUGAGAUAAAGAACUUGGAGAUCAGAGAAAAGCUCAGGAGUUUAUAUGGAACUGCCAAAAAUAUUGACCUGUUUCCAGCGCUGAUGGUGGAGGAUCUUGUCCCUGGGACCAGAGUUGGACCAACACUGAUGUGCCUGUUAACAACGCAGUUCAGAAGGCUGAGGGAUGGAGACAGAUUUUGGUAUGAGAAUCCCGGAGUCUUCACGCCGGCGCAGCUGACUCAGAUCAGACAGACAUCCCUUGCUCGUGUCAUCUGUGACAACAGUGACCACAUCCAGCAGCUGCAGAGGGAUGUCUUCCGGGUGGCAUCGUACCUGCAGGGCAUGGUCAGCUGUGAGGAGAUCCCUGCCGUGGACCUCCGCUUGUGGCAGGACUGUUGUGAGGACUGCCAGACACGAGGGCAAUUCAGAGCUCUUUCUCAGCGGUUCCGAAGGAAGAGGUCUCCUGGCUUCAGCUACCCAGAGGAAAACCCUGCCAAGCACAAGCCUACCUUCCCCAGAAACGAGGUGCCUUCCCCAAGCCCUUCCUCCAGAGAGAACCUCGAGUCCCUUGUGGCUGAACUGGAGAAGACAGUUGCUUCCCUACGGAAACAGGUGAACGCACUAGAGAGCCAGCUGAGGUGGCAGCACAGGAACACCAGCACACAGGGACAGGUCAAGAAAACUGGAGACAAAAGGAGAAAAAGAUGACCAUGUUGCCUCUUUGAAUAAGGUGCCCUGUGACCUGCACUCCUGCUCUCCACCAACCACUCCAACCCACUCCUAUAGGGCUCAGAAAGCCACCACAAGACCCCACGAAGCUCUGCCUCCUCUCACACCUCCUGUGCCACUCCCCAUCCCAGGACCACUGUACUUUUGCCUGUAUUGAACCCUCUGCACUGACUGUCCACGAGCCCCUCAGCCCCUGGAUCCUUCCUGCCUUUGCCAGCCUCCUGGGGAUGGGCUCUGCCCUGGAUAGUGACAGCCCAGAGUCUGCCAAGAUGCCUCUUUCUUCCACAGCCCCCAGGGGAAUGGAGACUAAUUGAAGUUGCUUUAGUGCCCCUUUUCUGCUCCUCUUCCCACGCACCACUGUCGUCACCCACCACAUGUCUGAAAAUUCCUAUGGGCACCCAACUGAACCAAUUUAUUAAGAGGCAAAACCUUCCUCAAACACACUGUGGUGUCAGGAAACUUCUGGAGAAAUCAGGAAAAAAGAAAAGAUAAAUAAACAGGAAGCCCAAACCCCCAUCCAUCUUCUGAUGCCAUCAGAAAGACCAAGUGGAACCUCAGGACUGGGUUUGGACUGGGCUUGCAGUCCCUGCCAGCGGUGAGGAAGUGACCCAAAGCCCAGGGAAGUCUUCUGGAUGGUUGGAUGCUUCAUGACAGGGUGCCAGGCAUGGUGUGGCUGCCCACAAUCACCCUCUGUGCUUUGCCAGUCAUUGGUGACAAGUGGCACAUCCUUGGUUACGUGACCCCUCGAGUGACCUACUGUUACAUGUCCAAUGUCCAAAAGCAUUUUCCUCAGCAUGACCUGCAUUCCCCAGCUCUCUGCCCCUUUCAGAGUUUAAUUGGAAUUAUGCUUCUCUUCCUUUUUUUUCCUUCCCAAAAGGCUCUUUGCUGGAAGAUGUAUUUCAAGUGUAAACGUAACAGGACCUGGAACAGAACCUCAGCUAAUUAGAUGUAAUGGGCGCUCUCAUUAGUGGAGGGGAGCUGCUGGUUUCUGUCAAUUAGGCUGGCAGGACACGCUGUAGUGUUUGACACAUGGGUGAAUGCAAAGUGCUGUUUGUGUUUAUGGCUCCCAGGUGCUCUGCAACCAAACCAGGACUGUGCAGCCAGAUCUACAGCACACGUCUUCUGGUUUCAUUGCUCUUUGGAGGUGCUUUUUAGUGGUGCUAGAACUCAAGUCCCUGUGUAUCCACCACAGCCCCAAAUCUGUGGACAGAUUGGUUUUUAAUACCUCCUUGUAAGCUGGUCACAGGGACUUGAAGAUAAAAUACUUGAUCCAUCAGAUAUCUGUGCCUUCCUUAUCUUUCUCACUUUUCCUGUGUCCUCCCACCUGCCUUCCCACAGCACGAGGACCAGAAACUUCUAUGAACGUACUUUUUCUUCUUUAUUUUUUUUUUAAUUUUAUUUUUAGGUGUUUUAUAGUACCAAAGGGGAUUUAAAGCAGCAGGAAUGCUCCUGGAACUUAAGGGGAAAAUAAAAAGAAGAUA